AUGGUCAUUGGUAUUCAUGGUGAAGAUAUCGAUGCAGCAGAUAAAACCUACAACCUAAAUGCAUUACCUACUAUUAUUAAUACUGGAACUCCACAAUCUCAACUUUCAAGUUGUUUUCUUUUAACAGUAAAGGGUAAUUCAAUUGAAGGCAUUUAUGAGACGUUGAAGACAAGUGCUAUGAUUCAAAAAUGGCUAGUUGAAUCUGAUAGUAUUCGGAGUCUUUUCGAUCUAGCAGAGGGACCUGGACUUAUGAAUAUGUGGGAAGAUGAAUUUGAGAUAAGAUCAUGA